AAUGAAAACCGAGGCCCAGGAUGCUAUACAGUAACUCUUUAGUCUGCAGAGAUCAACAGCACCUCAUUAUCAAAGAAAGGAACUGGAAACUUCCCUUCACUGUCCAAGCAAGACUUUAAGGGAAAUUCUAGCAUGUUUCAACAACCCAUUGCUAGGAAGAUUGAGAAAAUCCCCACUCCAGCACCCAAUCAAUACUAUACCUCUGUGCAUUUCUGCAAGCAAAGCAAUAACAUUUCUGGCCAGACAGUAUUUGUGUCCAAAGCCAUGAGAGAAUUAAGUUUUGAAAAAUUUGGAAAAUGGCCUUCUCCAUGUCACUACAACACCAACGAUUCCCUCAUCAAGGUGUCUCCCAAGGGUACAACAUCUUGCUUCAAGUCAAAGACCUCCCCACCUAACAAGGAUGGGCAGAAAGCUGCCAUCCCACUUUGUAAAGAUCCUCCUUCACCUGGGCAGUACAACCUCGUGGAUUACAAAGGGUGUCCAAGCAGGACUGUUCAAGUGCUGUGUUUGUCUCAAACACAGGGCAAUGGACAGAGCGCGGAUCACAGGAAGGGUUCCCUGGGCCAGUUAAAAAUAAGAAUUGUUCUGAAGUACUCCUUACUGCUAGAGACAGCAAGACACAAAUGUGACUAA